AUGGCAAAGCCGUCUACAUCAGCUGUCGGCGGCGGCGGCGGCGGCGGCGGUAGCGCUCUCUCUGCUGGCAGCGGAUCGGGGAGUAACAGCAGCUUGCCGUCUCUUCAGAUGCAAGAGCCGACCUUUUUUGGCUAUGUAGAGACAACGCUGGACGCCCUGCUCGUCUUCGAAGCAUGCCACCGUGGCAUACUGGCCAAAGUGCCACGGCGCUUGCAAGACAAGGAAAAGGAGCUCAUCCGAUCGGGCUCAAUCUUUGUCUUUGAUGAGAAAGAGGCAGGCAUCAAGCGAUGGACUGAUGGCAUGAUCUGGAGUCCGUCGAGGAUACUCAAUAACUUCCUCGUCUAUCGCGAGAUGGACAAGGACAAGAAGUUGCCCGUCUCCAGCAAAUCUGCUGUAUCUGGCGAGAACUCGGCGCAGAACAUAUACUCGCGAGAGCCUAAUCCUUCCUUUACGGGCAAGCUAUCUACCAACGGACUUGGCAACUCUCCCUCGAUGCCAUCUGGGAUGCCCAUGACGGAUGUGCCAGGCCGAGCGAGGGCGAGCUCAGACGCGUCCACAGACGCAGCCAUCCUCAUCGAACGCGCGAGAGAACGAGCCCUCGUGGGCAGCUUGACAUCAUCGGUCCGUUUCAAAGCGCAAGGUCUCGUCAAGAAGACGUUCUCGAUCGGCACACUGCACAUGGUUGGCUACUAUGCGCUCGAGGAUGUACUGCACCAUCGGCUGCGCACACCAUCAUCACUCUUCGAACUGGCUGCCUUAGACAUCUCGCCCGAGUUCCUCAGCGCCAGUCAUUUCCGAAUACCGCCAAAGAUCGAGCAAGGCCUAGACGGCGUCCUUCGGUACCGAGGCGAACCAGAAGAACUCAUGUCGCCUGUCUCGAGCUCCUCAGGCUCAUCUGGCAUGAUCACGCCCGGUAUCGAUUCUGCAAUAUCGAUGCAGGCGUCGACCCCCAUCAGCAGCUACAGUAGACAUCCCUAUGGCAUGUAUCCAGACCCAAAUGGGCGGCCGCAAUCCUCCUCUGGACCGCCUAUCGGAUCAAAUGGCAUGUACAAUAGACCGCAAAUGCCGAGAGCGCAAUCGAGCGGCUCAGCUCGCGUGUCUCAAUUAGAUCGCUACCACCCGUACACAAUCUCGUCUCGCAUGCCUCCACCUCCUUUAGAUACAAGGCGCGAGCCUGCAGACUACGAAGACGCGAUGAGGAUGAUCCAAAACUUCGACGCUUCACAGCAACAAGGGAUGCCUCGCGCAGUGGUGCCUUCGGAAGUACCGUACAGCCAGCUCGGCGGUCCUUACGGCGAUAGACCGGCUACGACUGGUUCGCCCUAUAGGCCUAUGCCGACCUCUAAUUCCGGCGGCAAUUUGCACGGAUCUCCUCAGAGCGCGGGAUCCGGUAUGCAUGCUCCACCGCCACCGCCAAGGCAUGCGGCGAGCCCUGUCAAUUUCGCUUUCUCGCCUCCCACGCCGACGCCGCCUGCGCCAUCAUUCCCCAAUGCCUAUCAAUACCCGAAUGCGUUUACAGACCAAGACAGACCGUCGCCCUUGGGCCCGCGGCAGGAAGGUCAUGUGAAUGAAUACGCUCAGCACGAAACAUACCCCUCUGUUAGGCAGUAUCAGUACGAUCAGCAGCCGAGCUAUCGUCCCCUCCCGUAUUCAGCAGGACCGCGGUACGAGACCGGUCACCACCCAGAUCCGCAGCACCAGCAUCAGCUUACCAGGCCAGUCGGACCUCCUGCACAGUCGCAUGCGGCAUCGCAGCAAGCAUUUGUAUCUGCGCCAGAGAGCUACUCGCAUUUUGUACGACGCGAAGCCUAA